CAGAAGAAGUUUUGCUCAGAACCAAAUUCUACAACACCCCUCGCGAAUAAUCCAAUUUAUUCAUAAAGGUGCGAGCGGGCCGUGGUUUCGGUUAGGCGGUGUCGUGAGUUAACCUAGAAUAGUGCAUCCUAUACGCUAAGGGUGAAACGUUUGCUUGUACGAUAGUCGUGAUGGAUGCGGAAAGUUUGAACUGUUUGCUCAGCGGCGAGUACGGACGGGUGAAGGAUGCGUUGGGGAAAUUCAACAAACAGAAUUCCCAAGUGUUUAACUUCACGCACUUUACCAGCACGGGCCAGUGGGUGCUCAUAUGGAACAAAUUGUUCGACUAUCUGGCGGACCCGUCCAUGCCACACCGCGUCGAUUGUUUGAUGGCUAUCAAAGUGCUUGCCCGCGAUAAGACGUAUCUGAAUGAAACGGUUAGCGUGGAACAGCUCGAUGGGUUGCUGCUGUUGGCCGGCAUUGGACCCGCGGAUGGAUGUGACGCGCCCGAGGAGGUCCAGGUGGAAGCCCUCAAAUGUCUCAGCAAUAUGAUAUUCCAAAGCACCAAGUGUCAGGAAAUGUGUCUCAACAAUGCUUCCACCGAGGGUAUCAUUAGGCGCGUGAAGAUGUACAAGGAGGCGCCGUACGGAUACGAUAUCAAAUAUUUCGACAUGAAGCUGCUGUUUCUGCUGACAGCGAUCAAUUGUGAUAUACGAGCCAAAGUACGCGAUCAACUGCACGGACUGGUGUACCUGGUGGAAACGCUUGAUCUGUUCAUGAGCCAAGCGGCAAUAUUUAAAGAAUUCAAUGACAAAGACCUAGAUCUAAUCAAUGAAGUGCUGAAGGUGUUAUUCAAUCUGACCGUGCGCUCAUCGAACAAUCUCGUGCCGGAGGAGGAAGAAGCAACCCAAUUCCAUCGUUUGGUAACCGUACUGCACGAUCUUUUCUUUUACCGUACACUGAACCGGGACAAGAUCGUACUGCUGCACUCGAACAUCGUUAACCUGCUCACAAGCGUCCCGGUAAGCUGCUACAUUGAGCUUGUUUUAUCGCUGACGGCAAAACACGACUGUUCGGGUGCUGGUGAUGGUAGCGACCCUUCCACCGUCGUACCGUUCGAAGGAAACAAUGUAUACGUACUGCACGUGCUGGUAGAAUUUAUGCGCAAAAACUUCCAAAAGGCGGAAAAGAAAUCUGACCAAUAUGAGAUGCUGUCGCCGAUACUGACCGUGCUGAUAAAGGCGGUUAGAGCGGAUGGUGGACAUCGCCGGUAUGUGAGAUCGAUCAUUUUGCCACCGUUGCGUGAUGUCCGCGAUCGGCCGGAGGUGGGCAAGGAGUUACGGAACUACCUGUGCUCGUUGCUGACCAGUCCGUGCACUCAAAUUGCCGAUCUGUCGGCGGAGCUGUUGUUCGUUCUGUGUAAGGAGAACGUUGGCCGAAUGAUCAAGUACACCGGGUACGGGAAUGCGGCAGGCCUUUUUGCCAACCGUGGACUGCUCGGUGGACGCACGGGUAAUGGAGGCGAACAGUACUCAUCGGACAGCGAGGACAGCGAUACGGAGGAGUACAAGCAGAUACAGCACGCUAUCAAUCCGGUGAUCGGAUGCUACGAACCACCGAAACCGAACCCACUGGAAGGUAUGUCCGAGGAGCAGAAAGAGUACGAAGCGAUGGAGCUGGUGAAGUUGAUGGAGAAACUGCAGCGUCAGGGUUUGAUACAGCCGUGCAAAAUCGGUGAAGAUGGGCGACCACAACCGGUGGACCAUAUAAUGGAGCUGCAGGAUGAAAUACCGGAACAGCAGCGAGAUCACAAGCGAAAAACUUAAGCACACCUGAACCGAAGGCGGUAUUGCAUUCCAGCAGAGAGAAGUAUUUAUCCACUAUACCCGGAACCUUCAUAUUCUUGUGUACCAGAAUCAACCACGGCGAAACCAUCGGGUUCGUGUGCAUGCAUUGGUUUCAACAAAACCCCAGCAGUAUUUAACCGUUCGAUCUACGUAAAGCUGCAAACAUACAAAACGGCUAAAACGGGAUGCCAAAAAACACUAUUUAGCUCAAAUAUUGUACACCGCAGACGGGCACAGUUAACAUUCCGGCCCGGUCAAGCCAUUGUCUCUUCUCUUUCUCUUCUCUCUCUCUUUCUCACUGCACCAUUUUGCCAAACAACAAAAAAUCAUUCGGGAAACCGGCUUACCGGUUCGACCAGGAUGGACACACGUGUAGAAUUAAUGUUCCACCUUCUUUCCGCCCGCCGUAGUCGUAUUCGCAAUUUGUGUUCCAAGCAGCGGGAAGGCAAUAUUAAUUCCCCCGGCAAGGGGUAUUUUUUAAAUAGGUACCACUUCCAACGAGGGAAAAGUUUUUAACGAUCGAACUUCAUCGCAUAACUGAAUGCGAUCAAUAAUUCCAAAACGGGACGCGCGUUUGAUAAAGGGAUAAGGCGACAAAAACGUUAACAUGGGCUUCACAACGGCACCGGAUAGAUAUAUAGAGAUAUAUAUAUAGGUAUAUACAUGCAUCCAUGUUUAACCAUAUUUUCAUUCGCAUCACCAACCCAACCGCGUUUCCGCUGCUGUAAACGCCUCGCUAAACGCGCCAUGGCCAUUCGAUGUUGUUAUUUAUUGUGUUU